AUGAACAAUAUUGGAGACGAAGGAGCAAAACAACUUGCCAUAGCUUUAAUGAACAACAAGACAAUCACGAAAAUCCACCUUUCUCAAAAUGGAAUCGAAUGUGAAGGAGUAGAACAUCUUGCAAAUAUUCUCAGCAAGAACAUGACACUCACCACAUUCGAUCUUACAGCGAAUGAAAUCAGAAACAUGGGAGCACAACAUGUUGCCAAUGCUCUAGUCACAAACACGACACUCACAACUCUCAACCUUUCGUCGAAUAUAAUCGGUGAUGAAGGGGCAGAGUAUCUUGCUAAUGCUCUCCAGAAUAACACGACACUGAUGACGCUCAACCUCUUAGGAAAUAUGAUCGGAGAAAAAGGAGCCCAAUAUCUUGCUGAUGCUCUCGUUAAGAACAAAACACUUACUACACUUAUCCUUAGAGCAAAUGAUAUCGGAGAGAAAGGGGCAGAACAUCUUGCAAAUGCUCUGCUAAAAAAUAUAACACUGACCACACUUGAUCUUUCGGGCAAUAGUAUCAAAUCCGAAGGAGCACAAUAUCUUGCCAAUGCAUUCGCUAACAAUACGGUACUUACUACACUUCAUCUUUUCUCCAAUGGAAUUUGUGAUAAAGGAGCAAUGUAUAUUGCUAGUGCUCUCAAUGGAAAAACAAAUCUUACUACACUCAACCUUUCAAACAAUAAUAUUGGAGCCAGAGGAGCGAAAGAUCUUGCCAAUGCUCUUAGCAAUAACAAGACCAUUACCGCACUUGAUCUUGCAAUAAAUUGGAUAACAGAUACAGAAGCACAACUUUUUUCCGAUGCCCUUUGCACGAACAGCACACUUACUACACUUGACUUUACAAGUAACCGAAUUGGGGACAAUGGGACACAAAGCCUGGCCAAUAGUCUUACCAAUAACACAACACUAGUCGAACUCAACCUUAGCGUGAAUGUAAUAGGACCUAUGGGUGCCGAACACCUUGCCAAAGCUCUCGCCAUCAACAAAACACUCACGACGCUGAAACUAUUCGCAAAUUCGAUCGAAGACAUUGGUGCACAAAAUUUUGCUGAAGCUCUUAUUAACAACACGACGCUCACCACACUCGACCUUUCAAGCAAUAAUAUUCAUGUGGAAGGAGCACGACACCUUGCUUCUGCUCUCAACAGCAAUACGACACUCACUACACUUCUGCUUGCGAGGAAUAGAAUAGGAGACAGAGGAGCACAAUGUUUUGCUGACAGCCUCACCAAGAACACAACACUCAACACACUCAACAUCUUAGGAAAUCGAAUUACAGCCGAAGGAGUGGAAUAUCUUGCAAACGCACUCGUGAAUAACACCACACUAACCACACUUGACCUGUCGGAGAAUCGAAUUCCUGAUCUUGGGGCACAACAUAUUGCCAAUGCCCUCGUCAACAAUAAUACACUCACUACACUCAACCUUCGAUUGAAUAAAAUCAGAGACGAAGGUAUACAACAUCUUUCUAAUGCUCUCGCAAGCAACACGACACCGAGGACACUCGAUGUUUGUGGCAAUGGAAUUGCUAAAGAAUAA